AUGGCAAUUUUUCGUAAGAAUAAUAUCACCAAAAUUGUAUCAACCUCAAAUCAAACAGGUUUUAAAAAGUAUAGCGCAGCUUCACCCUCCCAAUCUUAUGGAUUCCAAAAUAACCGUGUUUCAAUAUGGCCUUUCCACCACAAUGAUAGACCGAUCAUAGUUUACCCACCAAAAGGAUCUUAA